AAAAUACCAAGAAAGUUACAUUUUCUCCCUUAAAAUCAAGAAUAUGGGCAGCUUGAUUGGGCAUGUAUUACCAGGGCUUGGUUUCUUUCUAAUUGGUUUAUGGCAAUUGAUAAACCACAUCAAGAUCCACGCUCGCAAUCCAAACUCAUAUACUUCAGUUCCAUUCUUCCCUAUCAAGAAGUCGAGGUAUGGAGAACUCUACUUCAUGAUGGCGGGGAGCACAAUCUCCAUUCUCAUGGAACUCUUCGUUGGUCCAGUCAAACACCAACCGUUUGACACAGAUGGAACUAUCCCAACCACCCAUCUCCAUAACUUCGAGCACGCUUCAAUAUCUUUGACCAUAUUAACUUACGCAGUUUUCGCUGUGAUCUUGGAUCGUGUUGGGCGUCCUAGUUCCAAAUAUGGCAUGACUCUUGCUAUUGGAGUCUUGGCAUUUUGGCAAGAGUACAUCCUCUUUCACCUCCACUCGACCGACCACAUGGGCUUGGAGGGUCAUUACCAUUGGUUCCUUCAAAUUCUCAUUCUUGUCUCGCUCAUUACCACUGUCCUCGGUAUUCCUUACCCAAAGAGUUUCUUGAUCAGCUUUGUUAGGUCCUUCAGUAUAGCUUUUCAAGGAAUUUGGUACAAUGUUAUGGGAAUCAUGCUUUGGACAAAGGGUUUCAUGCCUAAAGGUUGUUUCAUGAACUUGGAGGAUGCUCACUAUGUGGUGAGGUGUAAUACAAAAGACUCACUCGAAAGGGCUAAAGCCCUAACUACCCUUGAGUUUAGCUGGUACUUGGUCAUUUGUGUUGUACUUACCAUGUGUUUGUAUUUGUACAUGACCAAAGUCUAUCCCGAAAAAGAUGGGUAUCAGGCAUUGCCAAAGUUUAAACCAGAUAACAAUAUUGAUGAGAAGAAAGUUGAGGAUGAUGUUGAGCAAGAGAAGAAAAGAAAUGCUUAGUUAAGAAUGGUAAGAAUUGAUCUGAGUGCAUGUUAUCCAUUACAAUAUUGGUUUUCAUUCUACUACUAAUUAAUUUGCAUUUGAUGGAUUAGGAUGUUGUAUCCUAAUACUAUACUUAAUUUCUAUGCAUUAAAUAGUUUAUCAUACACAUGUAAAAGUUGUGAUCUUUUACUAUAUCAAUCCAAAGUGAUUAAUAUAUGGUUUAGUUGUUUGUUA